UGUUAUUGUGGGUCUCCGGCUCCACGACAAUGGCGGCUCGCUGGAGCAGCGAGAAUGUGGUGGUGGAGGUUAGGGACUCGCAGGCAACUGCGAUGUCUGUGAACUGUCAUGGCCAACUUGCAGUGCUCUCUGGGCGCCGCUUCUUGUAUGUUAUAAAUUUAGAUGCUCCGUCAGAAGUACCAAAAAAGAUUGCAAGGCAGAGUAAGUGGGACAUUGGGGCCGUGCAGUGGAAUCCACAUGAGACCUCGUCUCACUAUUUCGCAGCUUCAUGUAAUCAACGGGUGGACCUUUACAAAUGGCUUGAUGGAAAUGGUGAGAUCCACACUUCACUGCAAGGUCAUACCCGUGUUAUAAGUGAUUUGGAGUGGUCGUGGUUUGAACCGGAACUACUUGUUACAAGUUCUGUUGACACCUACAUCUACAUUUGGGAUGUCAAAGAUACACGAAAGCCAUUGGUGUCAUUGUCAGCUGUAGCUGGAGCCUCUCAGGUGAAAUGGAACAAAAAAAACUCCUGCUGCUUGGCAACAAGCCAUGAUGGAGAUGUCAGAAUCUGGGACAAACGGAAACCUAACACAGCCGUAGAAUAUAUAGCUGCUCACUUAUCAAAAAUCCAUGGGCUGGAUUGGCACCCAGAGAAUGAACACAUCUUUGCUACUUCAAGCCAAGACAACUCAGUCAGGUUCUGGGAUUAUCGCCAGCCACGGAAAUACCUAAACAUCCUCUCAUGCCAAGUACCAGUGUGGAAGGCUCGUUACACACCUUUCACCAAUGGCUUAGUGACAGUGAUGGUCCCACAAUUACGUCGUGGUGAGAACAGCCUUCUACUUUGGAACAUAUUAGAUUUAAAUGUUCCAGUCCAUACCUUUGUUGGGCAUGAUGAUGUGGUACUUGAAUUUCAGUGGCGUAAACAGAUGGAAGAUAUGAAGGACUAUCAGCUAGUUACCUGGUCACGUGACCAGACACUACGGAUGUGGCGGAUUGAUACGCAGUUACACAAGCUCUGUGCAAAUGAUAUGUUGGAUGGGGAAGAAUUAAUUGAUGGUGUUUCCCUGCUCCCAGAGACAGACAAAUCCCUUCAUUCACAGGAUACAGAUUCUCAUCCAACAAUAAAUCAUGUGAACGAGGAGGAUGAAGCACUGAGGGAAGAUUUUCAUAACCAUGCAACCAUCAAUUCUAAACCAGAUUACCUUGGACUACCGCAGACAUUGCAACAAGAAUUCUCAUUGGUUAAUCUGCAAAUCCGCAAUGUGAUGGUAGAUGAGAUGGAUGCUAUAAAUCGCAAUUGCACAGUCUCAGUGCAUUGUGGAAAUUUACGAGUGAAGAUGGUUGUGAUAUUUCCAGUACAGUACCCAAACAACGCUGCACCUUCUUUCCAGUUUGUCAACCCCACCACCAUCAGUUCCAGCAUGAAGACUAAACUCCUAAAGAUUCUGAAGGACACAUCUCUCCAGAAGGUAAAGCGAAAUCAGAGCUGCUUGGAACCCUGUCUACGCCAACUGGUGUCCAGCCUGGAAGCCAUUGUGAAUCAGGACACCAAUGGCUCUGCUAACUCACAAAAUCCAUUUGUCAUUGGAAACUCUGUGACUCCGCCACUGCCAACUUUCCCACGAGUUACGAACACGUAUGGUUCCUAUCAAGAUGCAAACAUUCCUUUUCCUCGCACUUCUGGAGCACGCUUCUGCGGAGCUGGUUACCUUGUAUACUUCAUGAGACCAAUGACUCUUCAUCGGACUGUGUCUCCAACAGAACCCACACCCAGGUCACUCUCAGCACUCUCUGCAUAUCACAGUGGAGGAAUCACGCCAAUGAAGAUCCGUACAGAGUCACAGAGUAACUUGAGAUUAUAUAGUGGGAGUCCAACGCGCAGUGAAAAGGAGCUGGUGUCCAUUAGCUCCUUCUAUUACAAGGAGCGAAUGUCUCCUCUCUCCAACUGGCGGCGCUGGUCCAUUCAAGCCACUAAUGAGUUCCCGAAAUCACGUCGAUGGAAAGGAAAGCGAGAAGGGACUGAUACAAACAACCGACCAAUUAAGGCUGCAGGGAAAGUUAUCAUUCAGGACAUCUCCUGUCUUCUUCCAGUACACAAGUCAUUGGGGGAAUUGUACAUACUGAACGUGCAUGACAUCCAAGAUACUUGUCAGAAGAACGCUGCUGCAGCUUUGUCAGUUGGGCGCAGAGACCUUGUUCAGGUAUGGUCUUUAGCUGCUGUUGCUACAGACUCCUUCCUUAGUCCACAUCCAGAUCCUGAUGUAGAGACACCAUGGGCACGGCAUCCAUUUGGCAGGCACCUCCUUGAGUCGCUCCUGACCCACUACAGCACGAUACACGAUGUUCAGACUCUAGCAAUGCUAUGCUGUGUAUUUGAGGCCCAGUCCAGGCCUCCAGACUGCUAUAGCAGCAUGGGCACACAACUGUACCAACGCAAUUCUAUCUCCACUCCCUUUCUACAUUGCUCAGGCUAUGCUUCUUCAGGUUCCUAUUCAAGCACAUCUGAAACUAUUGUUGGGUCCACUGGAUGGAACAUAGUGGGUCGGGAAUCAGAACAGUUCAGCUCUUGGUGCUAUGAAUCACCGGAUGACUACCGUUAUGGAAACCACAUCUAUGCUGAUCCAAAAGAGCGGGAGAAGGAGCAACAUGAAAAGAACAAAAAGCUACUCGAUCCAGCCAACAUGUUACAAUAUGAUGAUUUCAAGAAACGUUAUGGCGAGAUUCUGUACCGCUGGGGUCUGAGAGAGAAACGAGCAGAGGUCUUAAAGUUUGUCUCUUGCCCUCCAGAUUCUCAUAAGGGAAUUGAAUUUGGAGUGUACUGCAGUCACUGCCGCAGUGAGGGACGAGGGACACAGUGUGACAUUUGCAAAGGCUUCACCUUUCAAUGUGCCAUCUGCCACGUUGCUGUCCGAGGAUCUGCAAACUUCUGUCUCACCUGCGGGCAUGGUGGCCAUACAAGUCACAUGAUGGAGUGGUUUCGGACCCAGGAAGUGUGCCCCACAGGCUGUGGCUGCCAUUGUUUGCUUGAAAGCACAUUUUGAAAAUGGUCUGCUGCCACUAUUGGUAGUAGAUGACCGCGAAUGGCAUUCCAAAGUAUUCCAUCUUUCGCUCUUCACUGAAGUUGUGUCAAGCAGUUGAACCAAGAUAUGAAGACAUAAGCCAGUGGGAGACCUAGACUGGAGUUUUCUUGAUCAAAGUUUUGAACUUUGAAGAUAAAGUCUUCAGCAUUUCAAAUUAAUCUGGUCUGCUUUCAGUGGAUGAGGUGCAGAGUCUCGCAACAACAAAUGGCCAAAUUCAAAAGCAAAACUUAUUUAUAGAAGCAAUAUUUUUUAAGAAACCUGAACUAAUGUGGGUAUUUGUUUCCUUGCUGGUAAUGGUUAAUGUACAAUUAAUUAUGUACCCUGACCAUGAAAAAUGUGCAGAACUGAAAUUAACACAUAUGGAGAGACCUGGUCCAACAAAAGUGGCCCAUGUAGAUAAUCUCUCACAUCUUUGCUGUUGAUCUGUUUUCAUGCUGUUGGUGCAGUGUUUGACAAUUUUCACAAGUUGAAGAGGCAUAAUUAAAUUGGGCAGAGGUGCUGACUUCAUUUCUAGAAGCAAGAUAAAAGUCCAGUACAAAUUGGCACUCCAUCCACUUAUUCAGAAUAUCAGACUAAAGAAUGUACAGUGUUGAUUGUCCAAUGAGCAUGAAACUGGGCUACAGCUUCCUUGAAAUUGGCACUAUUUUGGAAAUGUCAUUCCAUAUGUGGGAAAUUGGCAAAACAACUUUCUUAUGGAAAUAUUCAGGUAUGGAAUGUGCCAGGAUAGCGGUGGCUCUUUCUAAUUGUGCAAUACUUGGGUCUGAUACUUGAUGGACUAUUUUCAGCAAUUAUGAAGUGUAGAAGGGCAUUUCUUGAACAGGUUAAAUGCUUUGCUGUGUAUUACCAUCUUUACUGUGAUCUUGAACUGUCCUAGCAAAGUUGGCUGCUUUUCGUAGAGUUAAUGAAUUCUCUGGCAACUGGUUGGUACAUUAAACAAAGAUUUUGGCAUAGAUGGAUCCAUAGUACUGGCAGGCAAUUAAUUGCCAUUGUUACUGGGACAGGAGCUGUUGAUUUGUGCAAGCAAGGCAGAGCUCCAUUGCUACCAUUUUCAUUUUCACUGGGCACUUUAAGAUCAGAUGGAAGCAUGUUAUUGCCAAGAAUAUGAGACUCCAAUCAGAGAACUUUGUCCACAGAAGCAGUGAAUCUUGGGAGAGAUACAGCACGCACUUUAUCCUCAGUUGCAGUUUAUUGUGGUCAUCCUCUAUAUAGACUGAAGUUUUUGUAUUUCUCGGAAGUGCUGAGCCUUUAACUGAGCAGGUUAACAGAUUUUUAGCUGUGUCGAAAGUUUGAGAGAUAUCAGAACUAAACUCCAUUUAUUCAUUAACAAUAAAAGCAAUAAGUUUUCUUAUAAUUUUAUUUGCUAAACUAUCCCUUUCCCCCCAGCUUCUUCAAUAAUGCUUAAGUUCAAAGCACAAGUCAUCAGCUGAAAACACUGUAUAUAGUAGCCAUUAUUACUGCUGCAUAGCCAUGAUGACUUUUUGUUUAUGUGGGUCAAUUAGUUUGUUUUCUGAACAAUUGAUGACCUGCUUCCUGUUUUAGUAUCUUGUGGUCGAGUCAGCUACAGCCCAGAAUUGAAACCCAAUGUUGUAUUGGUAUGAACGGAAUUGCAUGUUGUGUUGUUACUAAAGUUACCCAUUUUAACCAUUUAGGAUCCAGAUGAUAAACACUGACCAGGCUGCAGAUAGUGCAAGUUCAGAAAAAUCCAUGACACAGGGAGGAUAGUUCUGUUCAAGUGUUAACAAUUGUGUCUUUAGGAAGUUGCUUAUGCAUAAUCCUUUAAUUGACAACUGAGAAAUAAAGGCCAUGUUGAUUUUGCACUGAUUUUAUAAAGGGAAGAGCCCUUUGGGAAGAAAAAGGAGGAAGAAAUCUGUCUUAGAAGGGAAAUAUUUAGUAUUAAGGAUACUUAAUUAGUUUGACCUUACAAAGCUUGUUUUUUUUUCCUUAUCAUUUAUCCAUCAAGGCAAUUCUGAUUGCCCACUCUGAUUCUAAAGGCUGGUAAAGGAACUGGAGAUGAGAACAUAGUCGAGAAGGACAGCUUCUUCAAUAACCAGUUAAUUUGUUCGUCAUAAAUAAGUUUACAACACUGUUGACUGUUUUAAUCCCUAGGAAAGGUGAGUUAUCAUCAGGCCAGAGUUUUGAGGAUGAAGGUUCUAAUUUCAUCAUGUGUUGGUCAUUCCGUAAUUGUUAUAGUUGGCCAGUCUGGGUCUAUGUAGCUCGAGAGGUGAUGUCACUGACAUGAUACUCUCCCUCCAUGAAGUGGAACCCUGAUUUAUCCUCUCCCAUUUCCCCAUCACUAAUAUUUUGAUAGUUAAUAAGACUUAAGCAAAAUAAAACAAUCCAUUUUGAUAUGAUUUCCCAUUGUACUGCAACUAGAUAUUAAUCUUUUCAGAUUCCAGGACAGCUGUGAAGAAUUAGAAACCAUAAAAGCUAUGCAACUUUGAUUAUUUAUCUGCAAUGUUUUAUUUGUAGACCUGAGUGCACCAGAGGAUUACAUUCAAGGUUGAUUCCCAUUCGGUGCACUGGGCUGUGUGUCAGUUAGUGCAAAUCCUCAUUAUGAUAUCAUCAUUAAAUAGUCUACUGUUUAACUGUUAAUAUUGCUCCAUUUCUGGUGCAAAAUUUAUGCUGUUACCAAAUUUUGUAACUAAGAUGUAAAUUAUAUACAAAGUAGACUCUGUAAAUAAAUUAUUGUUGAAAAUAAAUGAC